AUGCCUGAAAAUUUCCUUAGUAUAGGUAUUGAUACAUCUGAAAUAGAAAACUAUAAGAAAGUAGACUUCAAAAAAUCACGAUUUCGACAGUUAGCCAGAGCUUUAGCGCCGGCGCGGCUCCGCUUAGGCGGCACCAUGUCUGACCGCCUUAUAUUCAGUGAAAAGGAAGUGCCAGCUAUGACUUGCAGCCAAUGCAAUGAGAAUCCCCACCUAAAUAUACUUUGUGCUCCAUCAGAAGUUUAUGUAAAAACCAUGUUUUGCCAUUCUUUAUCAGGACUGGUAAUGAAUGGACAGAAAUAA